CACUAGAAUCCAUUGUUGAAAAAAACAAAAAGACGGUCCAUAGAAGUUAUAAUAAGAAUUUGUUUCAACUAAACAUGUGGAUAAAAAAACAACUAAAUAAGAUCAAAUUUUCAAAGCCAAAAUCCAGAUUCAUACGUGACGACACAUGCGCUACAAAAAGCGCUGAUAUAUGUAAGCUAGCGUUUUAAUUAAACUCGUUUUAUGAAGACCCAUGGAGCUGCGAUGCAAAUGGUCGAAAUUAUGAUUAUAGAUGGUAAAACAUAUAUAGUAACCCAUUAGUUUAUCACAACCAACAGAGAAUACAAAGUAUGUAAUGAGCAUUAUGUUAGCAAAUGAACACAAUACGGAGAGAGUGUUCUUAAAUAUAAGUAAUUUUCAGUAUUUGUAGAUAUUAAAUGUAUCCACAAACUUUUAAUACCUAUAUUUUCUAAGAUUCUAGUUGUUGAGAUAGGAGGGCCUCUGCGUCGCCCUCAAGGGCGACUCGGGGGCGACCCGCUCGCACCGCCGCCGCCAACCCCAAAAGCAGUACAGCCCGGCCGCCGCCGCCUCUCCUCCGGCUACCGGCGGUGGCAGCCAGCGGCGGCGCCCCAAAAAGGGCCUGCCCCGCACCCCUUCCUCUCCUCCCUCUCUCUCCCACCCACCCCCCCCCCCCCCCCCCCCCCCCCCCCCCCCCCCCCCCCCCCCCCCCUCACUGCAACUCUUGUGCUCGAUGCCCGGCCGCCGGAUAGCGCGGUCUCCGGCCUCCUGGCGCGGAUCUGGCCUCUGCAGCCCUUGAUCCGGUCUCUACGGCCCUAGAUCCCGGUCUAGCCCCCCGCCGGCGACGAUGCUCCGUGGUGACCCCAAGUGGUGGCCAGCUGGGGCGGGAAGAGCUUCUCGCGCUUGCGCGAGACAAUGCCGCCACCAGCUGCACAGGCAGCAACCCGCUCUAGGCCACUGCUCCCCCGCCGGUCUACAUGGGGCUGCCCCGCAGGUCGAGAGUUUCGUGCUCCCUCCGGUGGCUCCGAUGACCUGGCGUCCAGAACCGGCUUACCCCUGGCCGGAUCUGGCCGUUGUGUUGCCGGCGCCCCGUGGUGGUUGCUAGCCGGGCCCGUACAGGCCCUCGGCGGCCAGGCGGGCGUGGCUGGGGUCCGCGUACACCCACCCCCACUGUGUUGUGCUCUGCUUCGUCCAACUACAGUGCGUCCGCGUGUCUGCUCCUUCCUGUGCAGCUCACCGCCGGUGGAUCCGGUAUGCCUGUGCCUGGAUCUAACCCCUACGAAGCGGACGAGGAUAGCCAUUGCCGAAAUGCAGCGGGGCCCUCUCCGGCGGUCUCUGCCAGCUGGGUCGGGGCAGGACGCCCGAUCUGUUGGUGCUCCGCCGAAGCCCACCAUUGGCGGCGCCCUAUCGUGGAUGUGGUGGCAGUCCUGAGCAGCGAAAGCUCUGUGCCCGGUGCGCGGGGGGUCCUAUCACCUUCGCUCGGUCUGCUCCAAUGCCCAUUCUCGGCGGUGCCAUGACCUUGGCGGGACUGGGCUCCAUGGCGGUCUCCUUGCAGCGAAAGCUCCAUGUCAGUACGUGGAAGGUGCCCACCUUUGCAAGGCCCACGUCAUGGCUUGGUCGUCAGGGUUUUCUUUGCAGGUCUCUUUGUCCCUAUUGGCACCUCUGCUCCGUCAACGCUCUUCUGUCAACAAGGGACACAUAGAUCUUAUGUCGGGUCGGUGUUUUCCGCCUCUCCUGCUCUCGUACGGCGCUGGAUGGUGGCAUGCGGAGCCCGGAUGCGCUGUCGGGUGUUGCUGCCGGCUUGAAGGGAGAUCAUCGUCUCUGGGAUCGGCUCACGCUUGCGCGGUCCCUCACCUAGAGGGCCGCACGGCAGUGGAGCGACGUUGCUACGAGGGGCCAUGUGGAUGCGCAAUGGUCCUCAUGUGCUGGCGAGUAUGUUGUUCUCUGGUGGUGCUAGUCGUCGAUCGGCUGUUGUCGUCCUAGCCGUUAUAGCCUGCGUCAUGUUUGUGUAAUCCGACCGGGCUGUGUUGGGCCAUUGGUAUUGUUCUCCCCUUUUGUAAUCUCCGUUCUGCUUUGUGUAAUCCUACGGCCCAUUUUGAGCCAUUGAUCUAAUGAAAUCAGGUGGGGAUGCUCCCCCCGUUGACCGUCAAAAAAAAAAAAAAGAUUCUAGUUGUUUCAAUGCAAGAGCACGGAUUGACGUACUAGUAUGGACAAAUAGAAGAAUAAUGAAGAAAACCUAUGUUGGUCUUGAUGCAGGCAAAACUAGGACUGAACUGAAAAUCUUUGCAAGGGUGUGUUUAACUCAUGACCCCAAUAUAUGACAAGCCAAAAUUUGGCCAUGCCCUUAAUAUUUAGCCUCCAUUUGGUCAGUGAUUGUAGCUAGCCAAUACUUAGUGACGUGUUAUAAAAUACACGUCUCUAAUAAAGAUAUUAUUUGUGAUGUGUCUGUCCACAUCAGUGACGUCUCUAAUAAUGCUUGUUCGGCUGUCCUUGCUGCGGCUGCGACUUCUACAGUAUUUUUGUCUCUAUGGAUUGCAGCUGCUACUUUUGCAGCCGCUACAGUGCCCAAAUAAGGGCAGCCGAACAACACCGAAUAAAUCUCUGGUUGCUUGAAUAAAUCGGAGAAUCUAGUCACGGGCUUCUUCGUCACCGAGCCUUCUCGUCCUCGCGGACUUGUGACUUGUGACUCCAGUCCCUUCCAAUCAACAAGUUGCUAUAGUAGUCCCUUCCAAAAUCCACACUGGAACCGGAACCUCCAUCUCCAAUCCAAUCCAACUCCAGAUCCGCCUCCCUGCUGCAUCCCCAUCCCGCACGAGCACCACCCCUUGUCCUCUCCGCCUCUACAUCUCAUCGGCUGGUGCACCUCCUCCCUCCUCUGCUCGGCCCCUCCCUCCCUUCUCGUGCUACGGCAGCGUGGAUGCACGAGACUACAGCUGUGGCAAAGCGGAGAUCCGGCGGGAGUGCAGCGGCCGGCGUGCCUCUACGUGGUAUGGUGACAUGAAGAUGCGAGGCGAGGCGAGCAAGGCCAGCUCCGGCUCCGGCUCUGGCUCCAGCGAGGAUGGUGAGCGAACCGGCCCCGUGCCUUCCCCCGCUCGUCGCGCGCCGCCCAUCCGCAUCGACGUCGCCAUGGGCUCCUUCUCCGCAUGUCGCCGCCACGAGAUCUGCCCGCGCGUCUCCUUCGGCAGCCGAUGCCCGACGGCCGUCCGACCUCCGACGCAUCGUCGCCGGUCCGGUCCUCUUCGCCCCCUCUCCGCUGCGUGGCGCCACCCGUCGUCACCUCCGCCCCCUUCACCGACCUCUCCUGGGUCCUCCACACACUGCUCGUCACCAUCGUCAUGCGCGAGGCGCUCAAGGACUGGUGAUUGCGGUGUGUUGGUUGAGGAUGCCAGAGAUGAGCUGAAGCUUCUAGCAUUAUGUACAAAAGCUGAUAGGUUUUCUCCAUAUGUUGCUUGGGAAUGCUUGAUUUUUUUUCUAGCUGCAUAAAGCUUUGUAUCAUCAAACAAUUCAUAAAAGAGGCUGACCUGUUCUAGUUAUUGGUGUCAGAUUUGACUGCAGUCCCAUGAUUUUUUGCUUCAGAUGGGACUGGACUUUGGUAAUCCAUUUCACAAUUAUUUUCCAAUGCUGUUAGUAUUUCCUUUCCUUUUGUUCUCAAGUCUUUCUAAGAAUGUCACUCAUAACUAGUAAUAGUAUUUCUUUUCCUUUUGUUCUCAAGUCUUUCUAAGAAUGUCACUCAUAAUUGGUAAUAGUAUUUCCUUUCCUUUUGUUCAUAAGUCUUCUAAGAAUGUCAGUCAUAGCUGGUAAUGGUAAUCAUGGUUGUAACCUGAUUUGUAGUGAGAGACCAGUAACCAUAUAAUGAGCUAUGUUCUUAUGAGAUAAAAGCUGGAGACUUUUUUUUGACAUGGUUCUUCCUUUUAGAAUGAUAAGAAAAUAAUCUUGAUGUCUAUAUGCACUUAUUGAGACCAUGUAAAGAGAAUAUAAUGCAACAUUUGAUAUGUUUGAAAUAUCUCUCUGCCUAUAUUCUAAGCUAGAACAAUCCAUACUCCAUAUGCUUGAAUUAUCCUUUCUUAGAUGAUUGACUCAGAUUCGUCUUUGUACUUGUAUUAUAAAUAUAAACGAACUUCUUAUUUUUCUUCCCUUCCAGGUUCAGAGUUUGAGAUAAUCAAUCUGUAGUCUAAAAAUUGUAUGUGUUUGUAGUUGAUGGGAGCACCUCUCAGGAGUUACCUUAGUGCUUUAGAUGUAAUAAUUGUUCUGUAACUGAAUAAACAUUUGCAUUUGUGAUGCAUUUUGACUAUAUAUGUGAGAUGUUUAUAAAAACACGUGCAAUAUAUAUAAUAUUGGCUUUC